UGGUAAUUUUUGCUUCUAUAGUCUAAAAACUUGACUUGUCCUCUUACGUUGUUAACUUGUUAUGUCUGAGUCUAUGUUUUGGCUCCUCUCCCUUCUCACCCUCCCUUAUCUGAAGGAAUGUCAUAUAUAUGAUAUACUACUCGUCUCUGUACAUUAUUCUCUGCACUGAAAAAGUCAAUUCAACUCUACUUGUUCAGGAUUGUUUUUUUGUGUCUGUGGUUAUCAGAAAUCACCCUGAGUUGAAGGAUAAACCUGUUGCCAUUUGCCAUUCAGAUAAUCCACGGGGAACAGCAGAAAUAUCGUCUGCGAAUUAUCCUGCUAAGGGUUAUGGAGUAAAGGCUGGAAUGUUUGUCAGAGAUGCCAAGUCACGUUGCCUUCACCUAGUCAUUCUUUCUUAUGAUUUUGAGGCUUAUGAGGAGGUUGCUGAUCGAUUUUAUAACAUCUUGCACAAGUACUGCAACAAAGUGCAGGCUGUAAGUUGUGAUGAAACAUUUUUAGAUGCCACUGAUUCUGGAGUAGAGGACAGUCAAGAUUUUGUCUGCGUGAUCAGAGAGGAGAUUCUUGAUGCGACAGGCUGUACUGCUAGUGCUGGUAUCGCUGGGAAUAUGCUUAUGACACGUCUUGCUACUAGGAUUGCAAAACCAGAUGGGCAAUGUUACAUCCCUUCUGAGAAGGCAUCAGUUAGUGAGAACUAUGGUGGCAACUUUUACAUGGCUUCUGUGACGGAGUAACGUGUGGCAAUCCGUAAAAGUGUCAGGUGCUCCAUGUAUACAAGUCCCAUUCUGUAUGCUGACUUGCUCUACUUGUAAAUUGGGUAUCGAUGCAAAGGGCCUCUGGUACAAGAGAACUCAGACCUGGUCUAACAGAAGAUCAUGUGAAUUUUUUGAUAGGACCACAUGAUGUUAGAAGAGCCCUGUUAUAUUAGACGUCCCGUCUCCCAGAGAUAGUGCCUUUGGUUAUGCAUGUGAGUUCUUCAUUCUACACUAGCAAUCUUGCUUUGAGUUUCCUGGAACUGGAAAAUGACUAGUUUUUCUUAUUAAAAGUGUGAACACUUUAUAUACUAAAAAUGAAGUUGAUCUGGAUCCUUGUGAACCAAAAAGAAUCUUUAUGGGUGAAAUGGAUCCAUGGUAUUUAUAUGAAAACUAUUGAUGACAUGUACCACCUAUUGAUUGUAGUUGGUAUUGGAAGAAGCUCAACAAAAUGAAAAUGGGUAUGGCUAGUUGGUAUAGCAAUGGCAGUUACAUGCUCACUUCAUCUGUUAAAUUCUCUGCGACUUAUGAUUUACCUGACUAUGUUAGGGGCAGAUUCAAAUUUGGUCAUCACUGAUCUUGGUUGGGCUAAGAUUUUGCAGCCUAAAUAUAGGUUCAUAGUAUGGUUGCUAUGCAUAAGAAGUUGUUAACUAAAGGAAGAUCGAUUGGAAUAGCGGUACCCUGUGAAAAUCCAUUUUGUGUCCUAUGUACACAGAACGUCAUAGAGGACUUAAGUCACCUCUUUCUCACUUGUGAAUGGCUAACUAUAAUUCGCAGGGGAAAGUGUUCAAUUGGCUGGGGAUAUAUAUGCCACAAGCUGAAACAGUAAGAAUGUCUGCAAUGCAUGAGAGAGAUAUUGGAGCAGAUUCAAAAAUGAAACUGUGCUGCAACUUCUGGUGCAAUGAUCUAUUAUUUCUGGCAAUCACGGAAUUGGAAGAUUUUCAGAGAAUGCUGUGUAGCAAAUGCAGGAUAUCAAGUUCAACACUAUAGAGAGAAUACAAAUGUUUAUAGAGUCUAAACAGGCUAGGAAGUGUACAUACUUUACUGAGCAUGCUUGUGUCACACCCAACUUUGCAGGUCGAAGGUUCUUUCUAAUUGAAAUGACGAUAUUGUUCCAAGUGACGACUCUAUAAAUAAAAAAUAAUCUCUAUUCAGUAUCGUCACUUCAAUUAGAAGAACACUUCGACCUCCGAAGAUGGGUGUCACAAUUUGGAGUCCCAAUCUUCACUGCACCCUUCCUGGAAGGCGGUGAGGAUUUGGGUGCUCUUUAGUUGCUAUUUUCGAAAAACAGAAAAAAGUAAAUAAAAUUUUCAGAAAAACGAAAAAAAUAAAUUAUGGCCAAACGGGCCCUAAAAAUAUUAUAUAUUCAGCCUAUUAGAAACAAUGAAGGCCAACUCCACUUUACAUUCUCCGACGGCGUUUAUCAAGUGAAGCUCUUCGCUUCGCUCCGUUUUGUUUUGCUCCGGAACAUCGUCAGCAGUUGUAAAGGGAGAAAAGCCUGAAUUUAUGUGAGUUUUUAUUUUAAUUUUAUUGUUACACGUGCAGAGCUUUGUCCAGAUUGAACUGAGUAAUUAUCAAUAGAU